AUGACCACUGGUAAAGUCAUAUUCAUCUUCAUCGCCGUCGCUUCGUCACGCUUCUUCAUCGUUUUCUCCCUCCGGUUACUUUCCGGUGAUCAUUACUGUGACCUUACGCGCCUACCGUCCCCACAAGCUCUCCGAUCAGAUCAAUUCACGGUGUUGAUUAACGGCUACUCGGAAUCUCGCAUUCCGAUCCUGCAGACAGUCACCGGAGUGUAUUCAAGUUCUCCGUCUGUAGCUGCCGUGGUUGUGUUAUGGGGAAACCCUACAACGCCCGCAAAAACCCUUGUGGAACUCUCACAUAACCUCUCGAUCUCGUCUCCUGGAGACGCGCCGAUCUCAGUAAUCCGACAACCGUCGUCUAGUCUCAACGCCCGGUUCCUUCCCCGCCCAUGGAUUUCAACACGCGCCGUCCUAAUCUGCGACGACGACAUCGAGGUCGACCCAAAAUCGAUCCAAUUCGCUUUUGAGAUCUGGAGGAGUCGCUCGAACAAUCCAGAACAACUCGUGGGGCUGUUCGCCAGAUCUCACGAGCUAGACCUCAGCAGCCGUACAUGGAUUUACACCGUCCACCCCAAUCGCUACUCGAUCUUACUCACAAAGUUCAUGUUAAUGAAAACGGAGUAUUUAUACGAGUACAGCUGCGAAGGAGGUGAAUCAAUGGCGCAGGCGAGAUCAAUCGUGGAUGAGAUGGGGAAUUGCGAAGACAUACUGAUGAAUUUCGUUGCAGCAAACAAGACGGAUAUGGGACCGGUUCUUGUCGGGGCUAAAAGGGUGAGGGAUUGGGGGGACGCCAGGAACGAAGGUGUAAGGCGGCGGGGGCGAGGAUUGAGAGCGGCGGGAGAGGAGGUGGCGGUGGGGUUGAGUAGUAGGAAAAAGGGUCAUAGAAGAAGGAGAGGAGAUUGUAUAAAAGAGUUUCAUAGGGUUUUGGGGAAGAUGCCAUUGACGUACAGCUAUGGAAAGAUGGUUGAUUCGAUUGGAGAACAAGGGCUUUGUGAGAAAGGUGGGAAAUUGGUGUUUUGUGAUCAACAAACAGUUUUCUAAAUGCAUUAAUGGUUAUCCUUCA